AAUGGCGUUGUCUGAAAUAAUUAUUUUUUGACUAAAAAUUUUACAACGUCUGUCAUUUGACGUAGAAAAAUCGAAAAAACUGUCAAAGAAAACGUAAGCUGAACGGUUCGCGAACGGAAUCCGUUAAAUUAGUGAUUUUUUUGUUGUUGCAAAAGUGAUGUAUGCGUUCCCGUGGAAUUCGUAAAACUCCCUUAUCGAUUUUUACGUUUGGUGUGGCAGCGGCGGAUUCGGGCGCAAGAAAAUGUUCACAAUCCCUUAAUAAAGCGAGCGCGUGGAACGAAACUGCGAGAGUGACACUAAUUUAUUUAUUUUUUUUUGUUCGCUGAAAUAAUAAUAUGCGGUAUUUGACAUUGCGUACGUAUUCAUGACCGCGAUCGUUUUAAGAGUGUGAGGCGAUUUAUUCUAAAUAGGAGGAGAGACGUUGAAAAUGUUGACGACAACAUUCCUUUCGCGUAGCCGUGAGAUCGAUGCGUUUUGGCGAAGACCAGCCGCGGUCCCAGCGCGGAGGACUAACGGGCGCAUUUGAAUAGUUGUCCCCAGUCACAUCAAAAUUAUCGUAACCAACCAUAAAAAAUUGUAAUACAAAAAAAAAGGAAAUAGCGAGGAAGCAUGGUCUCGAGGUAUGUUGCAAAUGGGCCCGUAAAACAGGAGGGUAUAUGCCUCAUACCUCCUCAACCCGCUCAUCACUAUCGGAUGAUACAGCCACAAAAUGCUUUUAGUUAUAUACAAAGGCCGCCAACACCACAAAGUAGAACAGAUUAUCAUGUACAAGCACCUCAACAAUAUGGACCGCCGCCGUCACAAGCUGGUGGUAAUCAAGCCCCAAUAAGACCGGGGAUGGCACCAACGGGGCCUCCAACACAACCGUCAACGCCACCUAAUAACGACUUAAAAGUGGCGCCCGUUGGCCAGGCUGGUAUGAAUCUGGUAGGUUUUAAUGCGUUUGUACAGCAACCACAACAGGUGCGCGGCGGAACACAAAAUUUUUACACUCCUAGGGGACCUCCACAGCAAACGCAAGCACCAAGGAUGCCAAAUCAUCGGCAGGUUCCACAACAACCUGUUUUCCAAACGCAAUCGACGGGACCUUAUGUACCGAUGCAACAACAGGUCCAUCAAAUGUAUUGUGUACCGUUUUAUAAUUCGCAACGACCGCAACAACUUGUUCCACCGCUCUUCCAGAGUCAGUAUACAUUUACUACCUAUCCGCCUGCUCAAGCUACACAACCUCAAUUUUAUGGUCAAUUUCAUGUACCACGCGCACAUGCGCCGAUGGUAACGGUGCCACAAAGUUUGCCGCAACAACCGCCACUUCAAGGGAUGACUCCAAAUCUCCCUCAAAAUGUCCAACAAACAGGGGGUUCGAAAAAAACACGGCCGGCAAAAGCGAUACCAAUCAUUGAUCCAGUAUCAGGAGUAGAUAAAUUAAAUGAGGUUUAUGAUGAGGUUGAGUCGCUUCCUGCGUCAGCGGAAUCAUCUGCGAGACAAACGCCAAAAUUGAUGAAUAUGCCGAGUAAAGAAAUUCAAACGGUGUUUAAUAAACAAGUAACAAUGCUAAUUAACCAAGAUAAAAUGGAAGAUCUGGAUCAUUCCUCAUCAGUACCUGUCGUUGAUCAGCAACAACAGCAGCAUCUAGAUACCCAUACUAACAUGCCACCUGCAUUCCAAAUGCUCAAUCAGGCUGUCGUGCAACAACAUAGCAAUAGCAUGCAAAUUAGACAUGAUUCUGUACCAUUUACAACAAAAUUACAGGUAUCCCAAAAAGAAUUCAUACCGAGUUUAAUCCCAGUUGUUCCUCAACCGCCCGUUAAAGAAUCAACGCCAGUUGUUUCGGCAAACGUAGAUGUUCCUGAAUUGACGAUCAAACAAGGGUCAAUAAAGGACAGGGAAAGUCCCGCGAAAAACCGGAAACAACGUGGUGAUCAUGGAGGUGUUCCGAAAGAGAAAGAUGUACCAAAGGACACCAUCCAAGUAUCUUCCUCUGUAGAUAACAGGAGACCUAAAGAGGAAUCAAAACAACAACCUCCACAACAACAACCAAUUGCCAAGGAGGAAACAAAACCACCACUACCCAAGGAAUUACAACCAACAAUCGCGCUGGCAACACCUCCACCAUUUACAAACAAGGAUACCGUUGGUGCCAAGGAUGUAGUGAUACCAAGGGAUGAUCAGAAAAAAAAUGUGGGUGGUCGAAAAGAAAAGACGGAACAACAGCAAAAAUUUAAUCCAGUACAGGAUGUAACUAGUGAUCAUGGUGCAGCUCCAGGAAGUGGUCCUAUCUUAGAUAAUAGUAAAGCAAAACAGAAAAAUGCACAACAACGGGACAAUAAACAGCAGCAGCUACAACAACCACCAAUACAACAACGGGAAUCGGUUAAUAAGCCGUCGAUACAAGUUCCUGUCCCGCAAACGCAACCGUCGAAGCCGACUAAUAAAACAAAUAAAAUGAAGGAGCUUAACAUGAAAGGUGCUAAUAAGGAGGGUACAGAUAUGGACGCGUUUAGCGAUAAUCAUGCGAACAAUCCUGAAUCUCCCGUAAACGUCGUCGGCAGGGGUGGAUUCCCAUCGGUAGUUAAUGCUGCCCCUGCGGUACCUGCCACAGUCGUUUCCACGAUCGUCCAUCAUGCGACGAAGGAAACUAGUAGCGUCGUUCCGACUGUAUCUCCUCCUGUUAAUAUUAAUAGAGAGGAAGUGGUCGAUUCUAAUAAAAUUGCUGAACAGCCGGAAGUUCAGCCGCCGCAACCAGCGACAAUCACAGUUACUGAAACCGUUAAACCGCCCUCAAUAAAGGCUUUCGAUGUUACCGAUAUCGUUAAGGACGUUCCGAAACCUUUUACGGCGCAUGAUGUUUCAGCUGUUGAUAAAAAUGGGGAUAAAAUUGAUUUGUCUAAUGAAAAAUUGGUGCAGGCCAAGAAUGAGGUUAAUAUUAAAAAUAAUUCUUCCGAUAUAGAGAAUAGUAGCGCGGGUGAUAUUAGGCAAAAAUUAAUUUAUAAAGAUGACCAAUGGUCGCCAUUUAAUCUUGAUGGUAAGAAAAGUUAUGGCAAAGAUUUCCUAUUGGCUCUAAAAGACGAUCCAAAGAGCAGAAGAAAACCUGACAAUCUCCUCGAAGUCGUCUUACAAGAGGAUAGAGGUCGAAUCGGUGAUAUUAGCCGGUAUCCGUAUCCUGGUAAUAUUAUGAACCGCACAACUGACUUUACUCCACAAUUUAGUGCUCCAAAUUAUGCUGGAAAAUCGUCAUCACGUGGCGGUGCCAGCACAAAGAGAAAUAGCCAAAUGAGUAAAGCUAGUGGAAAUUCAAAAAGCAGUAAAGCUGAAGUGGUUAGAGUGUCUUUACAUAAAGACGUUAAGUUAAAUGUAACUGAAAACGCGUGGAAACCAACUCGAUUUACGAGUAGCGGCGAGCAACCCGAAGAGGACAAGAAAACUCACGAAUUAUACAAAAAAGUUCGUGGUAUUCUAAAUAAAUUGACGCCGCAAAAAUUCGACGCCCUACUACAACAAAUCAAAAAUUUACAAAUUGAUACGUCCGAUAGGUUACAGGGCGUUAUAGAUCUGGUGUUUGAAAAGGCGGUAGAUGAACCCAACUUUUCAGUUUCCUACGCGAACAUGUGUAGCGAAGUGGCACUGAUACAAGUGCCCGCGAACAAUAAGAAAGAAGGGGAAUUUGUUAACUUUAGAAAAUUGCUUAUUACAAGAUGUCAAAAAGAAUUCGAAAAAAAUUCUCAAGAAGAAAAGUCACACAAUAAAAUGGUACAAGACAUAGAUGAAUGUACAGACCCGGAAAAGAAAAAAGAAUUACAGUUACUUUUAGAAGAUGAAGAGCGACGGCUACGAAGAAAAUCAGUCGGAAAUAUCCGUUUUAUAGGCGAAUUGUAUAAAAGAAAUAUGUUAACAAACAACAUAAUGAUGCGUUGUUUAGAGAAUUUAUUGGGGAAUAGAGAUGAAGAAAGUUUAGAAUGUCUUUGUAAAUUGUUAUCGACUAUUGGUGAAGAAUUAGAGAAACGAAAAAUGUCGUUAAAUCACAUUUUCGGUACUGUGAAAGAAAUAGCCGAUAGAAAACACGGAAAAAUUAGCAGUAGAGUUAGAUUUAUGUUGCAAGAUGUGAUCGACUUGCGUUCUGCCAAAUGGGUGCCUCGUCGUCAAGACACUAAUCCUAAGACCAUCGAUCAGAUACAACAGGAAGCGAAUGACGAACAAUUAAACAUUCAAGCGAUGAAUUCCGGUCCUCACACGCCACGUAAAGAUGACCGAAGCUCAUCAUCAUCCACCGAUAAGAAACAACGUCGUAACAACGUUAGCGACAACGAGGGUUGGACCACGUCGCAAACACGCGGAAGUCGCGCCUCAUUCACUGUGCAAUCCGACAAGCUUAAAAAUAAACCUCCUCAAUUCGAUGAACCAUUGGGAUCCAGCAAUAUGUUUGGGCAAUGGGGUCGCGGAUCUAAUCUUAAAACAAACCCACCGUCUUCCCUCGCUAAUAUGUACGCUCCGUUAGAAAAUAUGGGUAAUGAUGUUGAAAAACGGAGUUCUAUGGGUGGCACUUAUCGAUCGAAGGAUCCUUACACUUCUAAAGGACCAAGUCUUGAAAGAAAUUACAAACAUUCAUCAUAUGAAGAUGGUAGAGGUUCUAGGUCCGGUUCGCAGCAUCGUUCACACAACGGUUCACAACGUUCAACGCCGAUUUCUUCGACGAACGCUCAGCAACCACAAUCUUCCGUGCCGAAACAGAUGCCGCCGCCGUCACCAUUAAAUAUUGUGGCACCUCCGCCAUCAUCUAAAAUAAUCCCUGAUCUAACGCCCGAACAACUUGAACUGAAAGUUAAGACAAUCAUUGAAGAAUACUUAAAUGAUUGUUCGACCGUGGAGGCGUGCGAAGAAGAUAUUCGCGAUAAUAUCCCCGAAACGGCUUACGCUCAAUUCGUUUCGACCGGUUACAAUAUUGUCCUGGAACGUUCAACGACUGCUCGCGUUAAAUUGAGCGGUUUUUAUGCUCAAUUAAUUAAAAUGAAUCGAUUAUCGUUGGAUCAGUAUUGUAUGGGGCUUGAGGAUGUUCUUAGUCAAGCUGAUGAUUUAACGAUAGAUAUACCAAUGAUUUGGGACUAUUUAGGAGAGAUAAUUGCAUCAUUAUUAUACGAAAACACAUUACCUCUAAAAAGGCUGCAUCAGUCGUUUAACGUCCUAAUUAGUCAGGGUCACGCGGCGAAGCUUUUAGCAACUACUUUUAAGUUGGUGAUGACGGAAAAAGGUCCGAAUUUCCUGGCGGCAAUGUGGAACUCAUCGGAACUUAGUUUAUCAGAUUUCAUGCCAAGCGAAAACGUGAACGAUUUUAUAAAAUAUUACAAAUUGGAAUGUUUGGUUGGGGGAGAAAGUACGGUGUCAUGUUCAAGCGGUUUAUCUUAUGAGCAAAUUCACAAAAAGCUUUUGGAGUUCUUGGACAAUGAAAAUAAUUUUGAUGAUAUACUCAAUUGGGUUAAUGCUAACGUAGGAGAGCGCGCAAAAGAAAACGAAUUCAUUAGGGUGUUGGCAACGGCCAUUUUUGAACAUUCAAUAGUCAAGCUGAAACUACAAAUCGAAACCUUACGGAAACACUACAAUCUGUUCAAUUAUUUUGUUGCUGCAAAAACUGAUUACGAGUUGCAAGUAUUGUAUGCGCUACAAGCGUAUGUUAACAAAUUGGAAGUUCCACAAGGCCUGUACUUGUCGGCGUUUUCAACUUUAUACGAUGAUACAAUACUUUCGCACGAUAGUUUUCUAAAAUGGGAAACAAGUACCGAUCCGGCAGAGCACGAUGGGAAAGGUGUGGCCCUGAAGCAACUAACCAGCUUUUUCACAAACAUGAAGGAGAUAGACGAUGAUACAUCAUCAACAGAUGAAGCUUAGUGUUUCGUAACAAUGGCCUUUAUAUAAGACCUAAUAAAAAAAGUAAAUUGAUGAUAAGACUUUAAGUGAAUUGAUGAAAGUGAUUGUAACCUAAAAAAAAAAAGAAACUCUUAGUUAAAAUUUAUACAAUUGUUUAUAUUAUAUAUAUAUAAAUAUUAUAUACAAUUAAAAAUAUACAAUAAAAGUUUGGACAAAAAAAAUCGAAAAAAAAGUAGAAUAGUGCGGGAUGGAACGACCCAACAAAACAACAACCAACAUCUACGAAAAAAAAAUAAGUAAAAAUCAACUUUGACAUCAACUUGUAAUGAAUGAUAUAAUAAGAGGUGCCCUGUGAACCGUGUGGAAAAUCAUGGACUGAAAAAAUUAUUAUUAAAUAAGUGAUGAUUAUUAUAGAUUAUUAUUGGUUGGUUUUUACAUAAUAUGAAAAAUAAAAAGUAAUAAUUAUAUUUUUUUGGUUCUAGCAAACAAGGUAUUGUUAUCCUUUCUUCUCACCUGUCAAAAUCCCUUAUAUUUUUAUUAUAUUCAUUUUAAAUAUAAAUAAAUAUAUAUUUACAGAUCUAAUUAUAUAUUUUAUAAUGUAUUAUUAUUAACCUUAUUUAAAAAAAAAAGUGCUGGGUCUGUUUUGUAAGUUUUCUAUGUCGUAAUCAAUACAUUGUUUGCUGAAUUAAAAAAAUGUUUUUGAUAAGAUAAAUGGGUAAAGGCUAAAAGAACCGGACCCAUAUUUUGUCAAAGGAUUUAAUUAUUCUCUUAUAGAUAUUGUAAAUCAAUUUUUUCUGUUUUAAAAUCAUCGAAAAUAGAUUUUCUUAUUACCAUUAAGUUAUUAUUUAUAGGUAAAUAUUGUUCUGUAUAAUAAAAAAUAUACAGUUGCACACACACAUACUUGAGUUGCUUUUAGGCUCUUCUUUCUAAUAAUUAUAUUAUGUAUUAUUUAUAUAUAUAAAUGAAUAUGUACAUAUAAAAAACAUACAGAACAACUAGUCUUAAGAAUAACCUACAUAUAUAUAAAUAUUGAAGCGAUUAUUUUAAGGACUAUGUUGAUUGACGAUGACGGAUUUAUUAUUAUUAUUAUUAUUAUAAUUACGUACAAUUUACUUUUUUUCCACCAAACUGCCCCUUCACAAUUUUUUCCCCAAAAAAAGAUAAACAAGAUUAUGACCAUCCCGUUGUACAGUCAACUCGUAAAAUAAUGCGCCCUCAAAUAACGUUCGUAUAGGCAACUAUAUUUACAAAUUUAUAUUUAAAAGUGAUAAUAUGAAUUAAAUUUUGAUUUCACGUUAACUAUACGAACGAUUAUUUACUAAUUUUUGUAAUAAAAACGAUAUGAGUUGACUUUACGUGUUGUAUUUAAUAAUUUAUCGAAGACGGAAUAUAAUUUUUUUAAAGGAUUAUAUGCAAUAAUACCUCAAAAAAAAAACUUGCGUUGUUAUUGUUAUACAAUUGUGCUACGUCUCUCCUAUUAUUAUAUAUAUUUUUCUCUUUAAUACGAUAAAAAUCGACGACGAAAUCCCGAUUUUUCCUUCCCCAUUCGCGCGCGCUCUCUCCUUCGCCCAAAACCGUUUUCUGCCCGUACGAAUCAGAGAUGAUAUCGCAAAUGUUAAAUAGUGUCAAUAAUAAAAAGAGAAUUGUUGAUAUGUCUGUUCUUGAUACACAAACACGAUUUUUGUCGACGCCGAAACGUUUUUAUUUAAAACGGAAGAUUCUGCGUUUUCACUAAUAAAUCCUUAGAUUAGAUUUUGA